AAAUCUAAAACUAGACAGCUCCAUGGCCUUCUCUGCUUUACAAUCCCAACGCACACUUCUCUCCUUCUCCUUCUUCGAAUCUCUUCUCCGAUGCCACGAAACCGUAGCUUCUCCUUCUUUUUCGUUCUCUUCCUAGUUUCCAUCUUCUUCUUCAUCUUCCCCUGCUUCUCCAUUGACGAGCAGGGUCAAGCUCUCUUGUCAUGGAAAUCCCAACUUAACAUCUCCGGCGCCGCCUUGGCUUCCUGGACCGCCGGAGAUUCCAGUCCCUGCAAAUGGGUCGGGAUCAGAUGCAACCGGAGAGGCCAAGUCACCGAGAUUCAGCUCAAAGGCACGGCGGACUUGCAAGGUCCGCCGCCGGUGAGUCUCCGGUCACUCAACUCACUCACUUCCCUCGUCUUGUCCGGCGUCAAUCUCACCGGACCAAUCCCCGACGAGCUCGGAGACUUGUCGGGGCUCGAGGUUCUCGACCUGUCCGAUAAUUCUCUGUCUGGCGGAAUCCCGGUCGGAAUCUUUAGGCUCAAGAAACUCAGGAUGUUGUACCUGAACACGAAUUUCCUCGAAGGACAGAUUCCGUCUGAGAUCGGGAAUCUCUCCGGCCUCGUCGAACUGACGUUCUACGACAACCAGUUGAGUGGAGAGAUUCCGAGGAGAAUCGGAGAGUUGAAGAAUCUACGAGUUCUCCGUGGAGGUGGGAACAAGAAUCUCAGAGGUAAGAUUCCUUGGGAGAUAGGUAACUGCGAGAAUCUUGUGAUGUUGGGUCUCGCCGAGACGAGUCUCUCCGGUGUAAUUCCGGCGUCGAUCGGGAAUCUGAAACGUGUUCAGACAAUAGCUCUGUACACUUCGCUCCUGUCCGGUCCGAUCCCAGAAGAAAUCGGCAACUGUGCUGAGCUGCAGAAUCUAUACUUGUACCAGAAUUCGAUUUCGGGUUCGAUUCCUAGGACCAUUGGGAAUCUCAAGAAGUUGCAGAGUCUGCUCCUAUGGCAGAACAAUCUUGUCGGGACAAUCCCGGUCGAGCUCGGGAACUGCCUCGAUCUCUGGCUUGUCGAUUUGUCUGAAAAUCUCCUCACCGGAAGCAUCCCGAGGAGUUUCGGUAACCUAAAGAAUCUCCAGGAGCUUCAGCUCAGCGUUAACCAGAUAUCGGGAACGAUCCCUGAGGAACUCGCGAAUUGCACGAAGCUGACGCAUUUGGAAAUCGACAACAACCUGAUAUCCGGCGAGAUUCCGCCAUUGAUGGGCAACCUGAAAAGCUUGACGAUGUUUUUCGCGUGGCAGAACAAGUUAACCGGAAACAUCCCAUACAGUCUAUCCCAAUGUGAAGAGCUUCAAGCUCUCGAUCUUUCUUACAACAGCCUCUCUGGUUCGAUCCCGAAAGAUAUUUUCCGGUUACGAAAUCUGACAAAGCUUCUGCUUCUGUCCAACGACUUGUCCGGAUUCAUACCACCCGACAUAGGAAACUGCACGAAUCUGUACCGACUGAGACUAAACGGUAACAGACUCGCCGGAAAUCUCCCGGCGGAGAUGGGUAACCUGAAAAAUCUAAACUUUCUCGAUUUGAGCAACAACCAUCUUGUCGGAAGCAUCCCUCCGUCCAUCUCAGGAUGCUUCAGCCUCGAGUUUCUCGAUCUUCACUCGAACGGUCUCAUGGGUUCAUUGCCGAAUACACUCCCCACCAGCUUGCAGUUUAUCGACGUCUCUGAUAACUCUCUCACGGGUCUUCUUCCUCGUGGAAUCGGAUCGCUGAAUGAGCUGACAAAGCUCAAUCUCGCAAGAAACCGUCUUUCCGGUGAGAUUCCGAGGGAAAUAUUGUCCUGUCGGAAUCUACAGCUUCUCAAUCUCGGCGACAAUGCGUUCACCGGCGAAAUUCCCGGCGAAUUGGGUCGUAUUCCGUCUCUGGCGAUCUCUCUGAACCUCAGCUGCAAUGGGUUUGUCGGAGAAAUCCCUUCGGAAUUCGCCGGCCUGAUCAAACUCGGAGUUCUCGACAUCUCACACAACAGACUCGCCGGAAACUUGAAUGUCUUAGCGAAUCUGCAGAACCUUGUCUCUCUCAAUGUCUCCUUCAACGAUUUCUCCGGCGAAUUGCCCAACACUCCGUUCUUCCGGAAGCUCCCUCUCGCCGAUCUCGCAUCCAACAAGGGUCUCUACAUCUCCAAUGGCAUCUCAACUCAAUCCGACAGCCUCGAAACCUCGAGCCGACACAAAUCAGCGAUGAAACUAACCAUGUCGAUCCUCGUCAGCGCAAGCGCCGUCCUCGUCCUGCUCGCGGUCUACACUCUGGUCCGAGCCCGAAUCGACGGAAAGCGUCUCCUCGAAGAAGAAGAUUCUUGGGAAGUGACCCUUUAUCAGAAACUCGAUUUCUCCGUAGACGACAUCGUCAAGAAUCUGACAUCUGCCAACGUAAUCGGAACCGGAAGCUCCGGCGUCGUCUACCGCGUCACUAUUCCCUCCGGCGAGACCCUCGCCGUGAAAAAGAUGUGGUCGACGGAAGAAACCGGAGCGUUCAACUCCGAGAUCAACACGCUCGGUUCGAUCCGACACAGGAACAUCAUUCGACUUCUGGGUUGGGGCUCGAACCGCAAUUUGAAGCUCCUGUUCUACGACUAUCUCCCCAACGGAAGCCUGAGUUCUCUGCUUCACGGCGCCGGAAAAGGCGGCGGCACUGAUUGGGAAGCGAGAUACGACGUCGUUCUGGGUGUGGCCCACGCGCUGGCUUAUCUCCACCACGACUGCGUCCCCUCGAUUCUCCACGGCGACGUCAAGGCCAUGAACGUUCUGUUAGGCCCCCGGUUCGAACCGUACCUAGCCGAUUUCGGUUUAGCCAGAACCGUAAUAACCAGUCACACCAAUUCUAGUAAACCGAACCAACGACCUCUCCUGGCCGGUUCAUACGGGUACAUGGCCCCUGAACAUGCCUCGGGCCAACGGAUAACCGAGAAGAGCGACGUGUACAGUUUCGGGAUCGUAUUGUUAGAGGUUCUGACGGGAAAACACCCGUUGGACCCGGGACUACCGGGCGGUGCACAUUUGGGUCAAUGGGUUCGGGACCACUUGGCCGGAAAAAACGAACCGGGAGAACUUCUCGACCCCAAGUUCCGUGGUCGGUCCGACCCGAUAAUGCAUGAGAUGCUUCAAACCCUAGCCGUCGCAUUCUUAUGCAUUAGCCACAAGGCCGAGGAUCGGCCCAUGAUGAGAGACGUGGUGGCUAUGCUCAACGAGAUUAGGCACGUUGACGCGGGAGGCCGGCCAGAGAGCGACGUCAUCAAAGCAGGAGGGAAACCCCAGCCGUCGGAGAGAUUAGUUGGCUCGUCCCAUGGAUCGUCUAACUGUUCGUUUGCGUUUUCGGACGAGUCUGUAUAAAUUAAAAAAAAAAUUAAUUUUCGUAUAUGAUAUGAUAUGUUAGAUUCUAUUUAAUCCAAAUUUAUGGAAAUAGGUCGAAGUAAUUUA